AUGUUAACCUUCAAGAAAUCCAGAACCCUCCAAUUCAUAACCAGUAUUUUUCACUCAAUCCACUCUCAAAUCACUUCAAACCCACGAAUUUCCCUUUUCAUCUUCUCACUUUCCCUCGUACAACUCCUCAUCUUCUGUUCUCCCUUCCCACCACCGCCGGCGCCGGUAUCUCUCCCAUCUCCGGCUCAUGGCAAAUGCGAAGAAGGUAAAGUUUACGUCUACAAACUCCCAACCAUGUUCAACUCCGAUUUAGUGGGUACCUGCGAAGAUUUAGACCCCUGGCAUUGGCAGUGCGGCGUCGCCACCAAUGGCGGUUAUGGAACAACUGCUACCGAGCUCGCCGGGAUAAUACCGGAGAACUUACUUCAGGCGUGGCAUCGGACGAAUCAGUUUUCAUCGGAGAUUAUUUUUCAUAACCGGAUCCUGAAGCAUAAAUGCAGAACCAUGGAGCCGGAAUCUGCUACGGUUUUCUAUAUACCAUUUUACGCUGGACUAGCCGUCGGAAAAUAUCUCUUCACCGACAGUUCUAACGACGAACGUGAUUUCCAUGCCGUGGAGUUAAUAAAGUGGGUCCAGAUGCAACGGUACUGGCGAAGAUCCAACGGCUCUGAUCAUGUUAUAGUUCUGGGUAGGAUCACAUGGGAUUUCCGCCGGUUAACUGACCCGGAAAAACGAUGGGGAUCCACCUUCUUAAACAUGCCGGAGAUGCAAACUGUCACACGUUUCACCAUCGAGAGAGCGCCGGGGGAUUACCACGACGUUGGGAUACCUUACCCCACCGGAUUCCACCCCCGUUCAAUCUCCGAUAUCCGAACAUGGCAAAACUUCAUACGAACGUACAACAGAACAAGCCUUUUCACUUUCGUCGGGGCGGCGCGUGAAGACGUCGGCGAUGAUAUUAGAGGACUACUAUUACAAACCUGCCGGAACGAGUCUGUUUCUGGUACUUGUCGGGUGGUGGAUUGCGCAGUGACUCCCUGUGCUAACGGAAGCUCGGCGAUAAUGGAGUCGUUACUUGGAUCGGAAUUCUGUUUGCAGCCGAGAGGAGAUAGUUUCACGAGACGAUCGGUGUUUGAUUGCAUGAUUGCCGGAGCGGUGCCGGUUUUGUUCUGGAACCGGACGAUGUACGACCAGUAUGAAUGGUACUUGCCGGAGGAACCGGAAAGCUACUCGGUUUUCAUAGAUCACGAUGAUGUUUCAGUGGGAAGGAAAUCUAUAAAGGGGGUGUUGGAGAAUUACAGUAAAGAAGUAGUGAAGAAGAUGAGAGAAAGAGUUAUUGAAAUUAUACCAAAGAUCGUGUAUAGUCAUUAUGAAGAGAGUAACAAUGGCGGCAUGAAGGACGCUUUUGAUAUUGCAGUUGACGGGGUCUUGAGGAGGUUCAAGGCGGAAAGAGAUGAACGACGGCGAGAAUCCGACGUAAAUGUCCCUGUAAAUUGA